AUGUCAUUCACAGGAACUCUUGAUAAAUGCAAGGCAUGCGACAAGACUGUCUAUGUGGUUGACUUGUUAACUCUUGAAGGCACUCCUUACCAUAAAAAUUGCUUCAAAUGCAGUCACUGCAAAGGAUAUCUUACGAUGUGCACAUACUCCUCAAUGGAUGGAGUUCUCUAUUGCAAGCCACACUUUGAACAACUCUUCAAGGAAUCUGGCAACUUCAGCAAGAACUUUGCAAAGUCUACUGAGAAACAAAAUGACAUAAAUAGGACCCCCAGCAAGCUAUCUUCCAUGUUCAGUGGAACCCUGGACAAAUGUGCAGUUUGCACAAAAACAGUCUAUCCUCUGGAAAAGGUGACACUGGAAGGAGAAUGCUACCACAAGACUUGCUUUAGGUGUGCUCAUGCUGGGUGCCCUCUGACACAUUCAAACUAUGCUGCCCUUGAUGGAGUCCUCUACUGCAGGGUCCACUUUCAACAACUCUUCAUGGAGAAAGGGAACUACAGCCAUGUGCUCCAAGCUGCUGCACACAAGAGGACAGGUUCCUCUACACCUCCCGAGCCUCUAUUUGAGGAGCCAUCACAUCCACCACCAGCAUCUGAGGAACCUAAAGUAGAAGAAGAAGAAAAAGAAGAAGAAGAAGAAGAAAAGGAAAAGGAAAAGGAAAAGGAAAAAGAAGAAGAAGAAGAAGAAACCUCUUGA